UCCUGGCAACAGUGGAUAUCAGGAGACUCGCGACGAACAUGGCGGCGGUGUCAUCGUGCGCGUGCCUCUCGUGCAAGGUGGUCUUCGCGAACGCCGAGUUACACCGCUCGCACUACAAGAGCGACUGGCACCGGUACAACUUGAAGCGUAAGGUCGCCUUCCUGCCGCCGGUCAGCGCCGAGGAAUUCCAGCAGCGUGUGCUAGCGCACCGGGAAGCCAGCGUCGCCGCCGAGACCCGCGCCGCCGGCACCUACUGCGACGUGUGCGGCAAACGUUUCGGUGCCCCCAAGGCUUUCGAGAAUCACGUCAACUCCAAGAAGCACCAGCAGGCACUGGUCAUGGCACAGUCCGGCAAGCCGGAGGAGUUUUCUACUGCGUCAUCCGAAGUUAUCGCUAGGCCAAAGCCCGAGAGGAGCGAAAGCACCAGCAGUUGCAGCAGCAUGGUUGCCCGUAAAAAUGCCAAAAACGCGUCUGAACAUGCUCCCCUGUCCCAGCAGAAAGCUCCCGCCCAGCGCAUGCCAUUCACGAACAGGACGGCCGCGGCCACCAUCGUUGACGAAGACGACAGCGGGGACGAGGAAUGGCAGAGCGUGGACGACGAAGAGGAAGAGAUUGAAGACGAAGAAGAUGAAGAGGAUGAGGAAGCAAUGGAGGAUGACUCUGAGCGGGUGCCCCCGACCGAGUGCCUGUUCUGCGGCGAGCAGAGCGACAGUGUCGUGGCAAAUGUGGCCCACAUGGGGCGUGCGCACUCCUUCUUCAUCCCCGAUGCAGAGUACCUCGUCGACGUUGAGGGGCUUUUGACAUACCUGGGCUACAAAUUGGGUGUCGGCCGGCUCUGCCUCUGGUGCAGCAACGAGCGGACCGCUCCCUACGGGAGUUUGCAGGCCGCUCGGCAGCACAUGCGGGACAAAGGCCACUGCAAAAUGGCACAUGAUGGAGUGGAUGGUCUAAUGGACUACUCGGACUUCUACGACUACACGGCGAGCUACCCCGAGGGUGAAGGUGGCAGCGCGGACGAGGAGGUCGACGUCAACGUUCUCGAUGGUGAUGGCUGGCAGCUGGUGCUGCCAUCUGGCGCUGUGGCUGGUCACCGUGCCCUGGCAAGGUACUACCGUCAGAACCUGCCCGCGGUUGCGGCGUCCCGUUCUGGUGACUCAGCCCGCCACAUCCUGAGUCAGUAUCGAGCUCUCGGCUGGACGGGAGCCACAUCACGUGACGUCGCUCAACAGAAAGCGCGUGACAUCCGUUUCAUUCAAAGUGUGCGGGCCAAGAAGCACAUGAAACUCGGCUGCAAGGCCAACAAGCUGCAGAAGCACUUCAGGCAGCAAGUGAUGUUCUAAGUAGCGGCAACCUGCGAACGUCCGUGCGUCUACAGAUGAAGCAGAUGACACCUUUUCGUUGCGACAUACCAAGCCUGCAACACACCUUGAAGCAAGAAAUAGGAGUUGGCUUUGAAAUACGGGGCUGUUGCGAUGCUCAGAGUUGUUUGAGCAGUCUGAAAGUGUUUUGAGGACAUUCUCAAGUACAGUGUGCAGCUUUUCAGUGUCUUCGUUGUUGCUUUCAGUGCGCCCUGGUAGUUUUUUUUUCUUGGCAACGUGCACCAGUUCUUAAAGCACAUCAGCCAGCCCUGCAAGCGAACCUUGGAACAUGUAAAUCGAGUUAGAGGGGUGUACAAGAACAAAACAGAGACAGACAUGAAGAAGUGAUAACAGAACUCUAUUUUAUCAAGCAAAAUUGGCACUUGCAUACAAGGGAUGGGAACAAAAAACAAAAUCGAUCAGAGUACACUCAGUUGGAAGCACACGUCUGUCUUGUCUCGGCCUGGUUCUUGCUGUUAUUCUCAUCAACGUAUAGGAGAGAGUUGCUUGUAUCCACACUAUUGCACGGGACACCGUUGAACAAACUGCAAGUGACUUAGAAGACAAGCACAAGAUGGGCAUUAGGAUGAAGAUGACAGCUUGAAAGGGUGCUUGAAUGACAUGUUUGGAACUUGCUGAUGGACAUCGCUUGAAACUUGACUUGUUUUUAAGAGAUUGUUGAAACAGUGUCAGUUUUUGUUGCGAGUGCUGACGUUCGUAGCCACCAAAAUGCUGUUUGUGCUACAUUUGGCUCAGCUCUUUUGAAUAAACUAUAUGUAAAGUUUGACAUGGUACCACCUGCCUUGAUGUAAUUUUCAGAACUUCUUAGUUUCAACUUGAGCCGUUUGUUAAGCUUCAACUUGAUAUCAUUCCAGUAAGCUCUGCUGUAGCCCUUCAGUAGUGCUUUUAGGGUCAAGUCAUUUUUACGCACAAGAACAUUUGCAAACUAGUAGUAUUUUUUCUUGCUUGUAUUGCUUGCUUUGUACAUGCAGAGGGCUGGUUGUGCAUAUGUGAAAGUUAGUGUAAAAUAUGUACAGCUUAUUCUGUUGAAAAUAAAAUGUGUUGUGCGUUGGC